UUGAAUAAUUAAAUACUAAUAUAUAAAUUGAUCAUUUAAUCUCUCUCUCGCGCGCGCGUGCACGCGCACACACACACACUCACUAUAUAUAUAUAUAAUGGCGAUUUUUGAAAUGUGCUCUGUGCACUAUAUUAAACACAGAUCAAUUUCAAAUUAAAUCAUUAAAUUUCUGUAUUUAAAAAAAAUCGAUCAAUUAUGAUCAAUAUUUUAUUUUUUUUCUUUUAAUCAGUAAAAUAAAGUGAAUAUAUAUAUAUAUAUAUAUAUAAAUAAUAAAUAAUCUCACAUUCAUUUACACAAAUUACAUACAUGGACACAUAUCUAUGUGGCAACAUGUACACACAUACACGUACACACACGCACACACACUUGUUUAUGUACAUAUGCCCAAUUCAAAUUAGCUUAAUGUUCUCUUUCCGUAUAUAUAUGUAUGUUGUGUUUUCUUUUUAAAGAAUAAGUUGGGAUUAUGUUUAUGAUAAACAAGAUAUAAAUAUUAAAAGAACAAAACAAACAAUGAAUUAAUUAAAUAGAAUGGAUAUUAAAGUGAAUUCAUUGUAGUGAACACCACAUAUAUAUAUAUAUAUAACUAUACUUAUGAUUAUUUAUUUAUAUUUAUCAUAAUCAUAAUGAAUAUUGAAUUAAACACUGAAAAACAAAAAAUAAAUAUGUUAGAAACUGUUAAUACUACUAAUGAAAAUACUACUCAUAUUACAACUACAACUAUAAAUACUAUGACAAGUAUAUCUACAAAUAUAAAUUCAAAAUCAAUUGGAAAUAGUUUAUAUGAAAGACGUAGAAAUUGGCGUGUACAUCAAAUGAAAUCAUGUAUGGAACCUCCAAUAAAUUAUUCAAUAACAUCAAUAUAUCAUAAAGAUAAUGAUGGAAUAAAAUUAAAUACUACUACAAAAAAAUCAGAUAUAUUACAUCAUAAAGAAAAUUGGUGGGGGAAAACUAUUAGUCAUGAACCCAGUGUAUUAAUAACUCCUUUUGCUCAAAUUUUAACUAUUCUAAAUCGUGCAAGAGAUUUCUUAUCUAAUUAUACUUCAAACUCUCCCUCUUAUUCUCCACAUGAUCCUAAUAUGUUUAACACGAAGUCAGUUGGUUGUGAUGAAAAAUAUGUUAAUUGUCUACAUCAAUUUGAUGUAGAUUAUGUGAAUCAAUUAUUAAAUGAAUUUGAUUGGUGUUUGGAAGUAUUGGAUAGUUUACAAUGUAAACGUUCUGUAAGCAGUUUAACACGGAUGAAAUUACGUAGUCUUCUUAGUCAAGAGUUGGCCGCUUCAUUUAAUGAAUCAAAUGAUAAAACUGUUAAGAAAGAUUCAAUCAAAAAAUCAACCACAACAUCUUACAAUGUUCGUUUUGAUGAUUCAACUUUAAAAAGCUCCUCUCUACUAUUACAUGAUCAAGAUAGUAAUAAUAAUAAUAAUAAGUCAAAUAUUAGUCAAAUGCAAAAACGUAAACAACAAUUUAGAAGUUGUAGAUCACAAGUUUGUGAAUACAUUUGUAAAACAUUUCUUGAAGAAGACGAUGAUGAUGAUGAUGAUGAUGAUGUUGACAAUAAUCAUGAAGAUAACGAUGAUGAUGAUAAUAAUAAUAAUGAUGAGAACAACUCCAAAAAUACAUCAUCAUAUAAUCUAUCAACAGAAAAAACUAUUCAUUUGAAUAGUCCAAAAUCAAAACUUCGAUUCAAUGAUAAAUAUGAAAAAACAAUAGAUGAAUCUAAUGAAACAAAUGAAUCUACAACUGAUCAAAUUUCUGAACUAAAAUCUAUCUCAUCUACACAAUUCAAUGAUACAGAUGUAAUAUCUACUACAUUAAAGUUAAUUACAUUAAAUAUUGAACAUUUUGAUAAUUCAAUAGUGGAAAAUUUUAUCAUAAAUAAUCAAUCAAAUUUAGCUCCAGAUCUAUUUCAAUUAGAUCAAAUUUCUAAUCAUCAUCCUUUAAGUACACUUGGCUUUUAUUUAUUUAUGAAAACUAAUAUAUUACAAAAAUUGUCUAUACCUUCGGUGACAAUGUUGAACUGUUUAAGGCAGAUUGAAUCACGAUACAAUUCAACUGCACCGUUUCAUAAUUCAAUUCAUGCUUUAGAUGUAUUGCAUGCAACUUAUCAACUAUUUCAAUGUAAUAGUUUAAAAAAUAUCUUCAGUGAUCUUGAAACGUUUGCAAUUUUCUUUGCUAGUGCUAUACAUGAUAUCGACCAUCCUGGUUUAACAAAUCAAUACCUUAUAAAUACAAAUCAUGAAUUAGCUCUAUUGUACAAUGAUAUUUCAGUCUUGGAAAAUCAUCAUUUACAUGUAGCUUUUAAAUUGAUUAAUACAGAGAAAGAAUGUGAUUUUACACAAUAUUUUACUAAUCAACAAAAAUUAUUAUUUCGUAAAAUGGUAAUCGCUUUAGUAUUAUCCACUGAUAUGAGUAAACAUAUGUCAUUAUUGGCUGAUUUAAAAACAACUGUUGAGAAACAAAAAGCAUUUCAAGGCAAUGUAAUCAAUUUGGAUAGUUAUUCAGCUCGUAUGCAGAUAUUAGAAUGUAUAAUACAUGCAGCUGAUUUAAGUAAUCCAACAAAACCAUUAAAAAUAUAUCAAGAAUGGGUUUCAAGAAUUAUGGAAGAAAUGUUUCGUCAAGGUGAUCAAGAAAAACAAUUUGGAAUUGAAAUUAGUCCAAUGUGUGAUAGAGAAACUGCAUGCAUUUACAGUACACAAAUUGGUUUCAUUGAUUACAUAGUUUAUCCAUUAUGGGAGACAAUGGCUGAACUUCUACAUCCAGGUGUACAAGUUCUAAUGGAUAAUAUAGCAAACAAUAGAAAUUGGUAUAUGAAUGCAAAAGAGAAAGAAGAAAAAGAAGUAAAUAAAAGAAACAACAGUAUUGAUCAGUAAUAGUAAAGUAUUACUAUUAUAUUUUGUAAAAAAGAUCUUUCAUUAAUUUUUUUUUACAAACAAACAAACAAAAAGCAACUGAAUAACCAGUUCUUCUUAAUAUACAUAGAAACCUCUUCGAUAUACAUAUACGUAUUGAAUAUUGAACCGAAAAAAAAACAAAAAAAGGGGAGAAGCCCAUAAGUAAACUCCUAUAUAUUCAUCUAUCUUCUUUUAUAUACAAAUCUCUUUAUAAAAAGACAAUAACAUUUUGUGCCAAAUAUAAAUAAUAAAAAAUAUCUUUGUGCAAAAAAGGGAGGAUCAUUCAGAUUAUCAUUGAAUAAAGAGAAACUUUGAUUUUUCUUUUUUUUUUCAAGGAAAAAUAAUGCACAAAUUUGUAGGAUUCAUUUUAUUUAGAUAAAGUACUUGUUGUGAUACAGUCGAGUGAGAAUUUGUGCGAGUUUCUUAUAUAUGUAUGUUAUGGUCCAAAUCCAUCAAUCAGGAGCAGUGAAUUAUGGAUCGGAUCAAUGACGAAUAAAAACCCGUACGAACAGUUUAUAGUCUUUAUCGGUCCUGUUUCUUGCCUAGCCCAGCCACUUAAAAUCAGAACACCAAUCUCAGCCUCUGCAAUAUGAAUCGUUUAUUUCAAGCAUACUGGGUUUAUAUACCAACCAGACAGACCACAUCGUACCAUAAAAUAUGAAACAACAUUUGUACAAGAAUUAGCCAAUUGUGACAGUGAGUGUGGGAGCUCAUAAUUAAUAGACAGGGCAUAAUUCAAAAAUGGUAAAUCGCAUAAUAAUAGUUCAUAGGUUAAAAUAAGGCUCAUAAUAAGAGGGAGAUGAAUAUGAAUAAUUUAGUUAAUGAACAAUUAUACGACAAAAAUAUACGCACAGUAUUGGUCCAUAAAUAAAUCCCAAAAAACUACCACUCAUUAUUCUUAUCGGGACACUACAAUGUAUGUUAGAAUAACCGAUUAUUGAGUAAUGUUGUGUGUAGGGGGAAAGAUGUUAAAUCAGUUAGUGAGAAAGUACGAACUCUUAACGAUUGAGAUCAUUAGGAUAGGUAACCACGAACGGAGUUGAUUGACGAAGAAUUAGAUUGAAAGGAAGCAAUCAAGUGAAAAUAUGACAUAAUACCGUGAAGUCGAUAACUAUUGAAUUUGACCAUAUCUGUAGAUGCAUAGUGGGUGUCAAUGAGAUUAUCGUGUUUUAGUCGGAAAGCGUCGAGUGUUAUAAAUCAGGAUUGACGGCGACGACAAAGAUAUAUUAGUCUUUUGUUUUCUCAUAGAUCUUGAAUUUUAAAAUGAACAUUUACUUCUUACUUCAGAAAUUCAUUCAUUCUGCUCUAAUCAUAUUCUCAAUGCGUAGUUUUUUCACUAUCAAAAUUAUUAUUACCUCAAAAUUCAUGUAUCUUUGUAGUAAUUUAGUAACUUAGAUGGAUACGUCAGUCAGUCAGUCAGCUACAACGUAGGACCAGGCACAUAUAUGCAUCGGU